AUGGGAGGCAAUGGAUUUAAUCAUGGACACUCACCAGAGCUUGGUGCUGAUUCAUAUGAAAAAUGCAUGGAAGCCCUUUCUUCUCUCAUCACUUCUCACAAACGUGGGGAUGGUUCAAACAGGGAGGCAAAAUUUGCCUUGAUGUUCAAGUAUAUGAAGGUAACUAUGAUUGUAUUCUGAAGACUGCAAUCUAUGAUGGCUAAUUUUUUUUAUAAUCUUAUAUUGGGUUUUAUGUUAUUGUAGCUCUUGUCAUUUUUAUUUUCUACGUGCCUUGCCUUUUUUAAUUUCUUCUUAAAUUGUAUUUCAAUCUUGAGGAAUAAAAUAAUGUUCUUUAAUGUUAUCUUUGGAGUUUUGAUACCUGAGAAAUUGCAUGUUGCAUCUGCAGUUCUUAGGCUUUGAGGAGCGUAUAAAUGGGCUCAAUAUUAUUCAUGUUGCUGGUACGAAGGGGAAGGUGGGUAAAUUGUUUUCCAUAAGCAACACAGGCAUAUUUCUUCCAACAAUUUCAGGCUUUCUUUUCCUUUUCCAUAAAAAUGAUAUUUUCCAUAAAUAUCAUUUGGACUAAAAUUGAAUUGUUUUCUUUUCCUUUCUCCUCUUUCCCUUAAAACUUUUGAUCUUACAUCGUAUUUUCCUUUUCUGUUCUUUUUUCUUUCUUCUGAAAACUCUGAUUUUAUGAUAUCCUAUUUGACAAAAAUGGUUUUGGAGGAGACACAAGGGUGUAGAUGGGCAGUAUUCUCUUUCUCCAAUUUGCGCCAAAUUUCAUUUUAAAGUGCGUUGUUGUUAUCUAAGUUUGACAUAGGUGGCCAUUUUGGGAGCAUUCCUUCUGUUACAUAAGAGUGGUUGUGUAUUGCUUGAAUACUGAAUACUUGCUGUAUGUUUCUGGAAAUGAUUUUGCUGAUUCUGUUUUGUUCAAUGAGUUUUGGUUGUUAUUUAUUGCCUUUUCUGAAACCUGAACUUUCUAGGUACCGGAAACUUGAUUUUUCUAUAGGAAGUGUUAGAAUAGUCUCACAUGGAUGAGUACAGAUCAAAUUUGUGGUUAAAUUCGAGCCUAUUUUUCCGAUUAGUUUGAGUUGGGCAGCUUGAUUGUUUCGCAUAACAUGAGAGCGACUAGUCCUCACUGGAAUUGUAUGCAUUCUCUGUUAUGACCGCACAGUAUAACAUGCAGAAAUCAACUUUCAUGUAAGACCGCAUGUAAAGUGUUCUCACAAUGAUGGAGAGAAGUUGAUCUUUUGGUUGAAGUGCAGGAGGUUCCUCUCAUAGCUAAUCAGUUUUGAUUUUGAAGGCCUGCUUAUUUCAGCGGAUGUUUUAUUUUUCUUGCAUAAUCAGGAUAAAUUUUAUGUCAGUAUGCAUAGUUUUCAACAUCUCACCUAAGGAAGAAGGUGUUGUAAAAGGGCAAGAUGCUGGGUGCCAAGGUGAACACGUCUAAAAGGGACUCAAACUUGAAACCUUGGUGCCUUGCUGGGUAUCUUCUUCCAGAAACAUUAACAAAAUAUUAUUAUUACAUUAUCGAUUCUUGAAAUGUGUUAUUAUCCGAUAACAAUUGUGAAUAAAGCAGAGGAACGUGAUAACAAAUGUGACUGACUCUUUAAGUCUGCUUUGUUAACUUCGAAGAGCUUGUCUGCACUAGUUACACCAGAAACAUUUUAUGAACCCUUAAAAACGAUUAUCUUAGAAUGAUAACCCUUGAACAAUGAUCUAAUCUUGGUUCGGAGGACUAUUUUAUCCAUCAUUGUGAUUAUUUAAAGGUCCUUUAUUAAGAGAAAUUUUUUUCAUUUCAAUUUAAUACAAAUUGUGAAUUUUUCAUGAAUAUAAAUCAGUAUAAUUUUAAAAGAAAAUUACCCUGAUCAACCGUAGAUAUGCAUAAACUAUAACUUUCUCUGAACUUCUAAGUGAUAUUUGGCUUCACCUUGGCGCACUGUGUUUUGUCUCCUAAGUAGAAAGGUUGGAGGCAGGUGUCUUGCUUGUCCUAGUACUGUAAGAGUAUUCUACUGAAGCUCAUGGUUCGCACAGAAAAGUUGAACCCUUGUGGAAGACUAGUAAAUUAUCAAUAAUUAAGGAAAUUAGCUGUAUGGUUUUUAUCAAUAUUGGUGAUCUUGAAAAGUAAUCCAGACAGCAUAUAGCAGAGCACAUACUUUUCACAAGGAUAUGAAAUCUUUAUAGUACACUUGCAGACCAUGGAUGGUUAGUGUUGGAAAUGAAGAAAAAACUUCGUCAUGAAGGACAGAGGGGAGAACGGCGGAAACCAUCUUAAGAUUCAUUCAACUCUACCUCCCAUUAUAUAGGGAGUAAUAAUACACAACUUUUGCCAAAACACCCUCAACUAAUUACACUAUUUCCCUACGACCUAGAACCUCCAACAAUUAGGAAACUCAACUACAUUUUUUAAAGAUCAAUAUUACGGGGUGUAAAACAAUUAUCCAAACAUCCUUUUCUUCUAUUGGAUUAAAAUGCAUUAAUGGAAACAUGAAUAUUUCUUAGGAUCCUUUAAACACUGUAGUUUUUAUAAAAUGGGAUAUUUUUUAUCUUUUAUCCUUUUUUUUUCACUCCUCGAAUACUAUCCCUUAUUUCUUUAAUAUCAACUUUUCAGGGUUCAACAUGUACGUUUUGUGAAUCAGUUUUACGGGAAUGUGGAUUUCGAACAGGCCUCUUUACAUCCCCUCACCUUGUGGAUGUAAGAGAAAGAUAUCGUAUCGAGGGGUUAGUUUCUUAUUCCUGAUUUUUAAAUCAUGAUCUUGUUCCAUCAUUUGGUCCUCUUAUGUACCGAUAUCAUUUUUCACGCGUUUUUUUUAUCUCUCUUCACGAAUUUGCAGCUGUUGUGUGUUAUCCCAAGUGACGGGAUUCAAAGUAGGUUAAUAUAACUUAUGGAUAGAGGAAAUCUAUAGUUUAAAUAAUAAGCACUAGAGAUCUUUAGAACAUGAACAUUUUUAUUAAAAUAUACUAUAAAAUGCUGCCAAAUUUUUAGUAGAUAAGGAUUUUCAUUUACUCAUUUCGCACUGGUCUGCAAACAAGAACUGGCAAAUAUUAUAUUGAUCCCACCAAAAUGCUGCUUCAUGGUAUUUGACAGCAUAAAAUUGAAUGAAGAAACCAAACCUCUCAGCAGUUCUCGUGUGUGCUGUGCUUUGGUUUGCGUACUAUUGAUAAUAUCUAAUGAAACUGACAUACAUUUAAAAUUUGUGGAUAUUUUUUAAUAUUCUUAUUAUAAUCAUCAUACUAUGUGGUUUCCCCCAAGAAACGAAUAUGAAUAAGGCUGAGAAGCAUGUAAAUGUCCCUACUCCUACAAUUUCUCACCCUUGAAUAUCAUGAACUAUCUGUCAUACCAUUGCGAUCUUACGUUGUGUUCCUUAGAUAAUUUUCAUGUUUUCAAAAAGCUGUGAAAACUUGUAAUUUUUUGCUUAGUAGCAGUUCACCCCGCAUACUGUCUCACAGUACGUAAUAUUUGCUUGUACAGAAAAAAAUAAUUAUUGUCUACUUAGGAUUAUUCUCUGCCUUUGGUACAGAGAUUCCGUUAUUCUUAAUAUUUAUUGCCAUACUUUCGUAUCUGUACUGAAACCCGCCCAGCUCAUAGAAUUCAGAUGAUUUUUCUGGGCAGUUUUCUUCUUUAUAUCGCUUCCGGAUUAAAGGUGUAGAAAUUUGAGUUGACACAUUUGUUCAGGCGUUGACAUUUAUUUUUCAGAGCAGACUGAAUUUGAUCAGGUUUCAAUAUUAAUUUACCAAUAUGCUAUUCUGGAAAUCACAUUACUAGAGGAAUAUCUUCUUCUAAUUAAGGGUUUUACCACAAAUCAAGUUGCUUACCCGUGAUUUUUCUAAUUUGUUUACUGCUUCUUCAAACGCACCUAUGCUUCUCCUUCACCCUUUCUCUUACUAUAUUCUUCUUUCUAUUUUUCUAUGUUUUUAGAUUUAGAUCGGUUCAAUACCUCUGUCAGUAGCAUGCACUACCAAAACCUACGAAUUUACAGUAUCAUCAACAACCAAUAAUAUAGUCUGCUAUCAAGCUGUAGAAUCCUAAAAUGAGGUUUUGUCUAUCAAAAAGGUCGGUUUUUCCUGGAAAUACCCAGUGGUUCUCUGUUUUAUCUUUUUCUCAAAUACUGCACUUUGCUUUAUGAUUCCCUUUCAACUUACUUUCGGAGGGACUUCUUUUAAACUGUACUUUGACUGAUCUUGCAGCUUAGACAUCUCAGAAGAAAAAUUUUUGCGGUACUUUUGGGAUUGUUGGAACCAACUAAAGGUUUUAGCCUUUUUACCCUAUUUUCCGUGAUAAACAUUUCUUUUUUUUUUUUCCCAUGUAUGAAGGAGAAUGUUUCUUAGUUUGUUUACUGCCUUGUUGUGAAUGACAUUGCCAUGAUUAUCUGUUCUUUCGUGGAUAGGGCCACAGUAUAGAAUUUAGAUGCUUCGAUAUGAGAUUCUUCUUGAAUGUGCAGACCUUAGAGUAUAUAGUCUACAAGAUAUCUAUCACCCUUGUUGUAAGUACCCCCCAUAACUUCUCAGUGCACAUGUAGAUGCUCAUUUAUACCAUAAGACGAAACUUAGUUUUUAUGGAAAAAUUUUGGGGAAAAAUUACUCUUUAGAGUCAUUCCAACCCUUUUUCAAUUUAUUCCGGGUGUCACAUGGCCAGACAAUUCUUGGGCUGAGAUAACAGCCCUGAAAACUGGGUGGGGGCGUAGGGGAGAUACUGCCAGUGGGAAGUAGGCAUUCCUCUCAGUAACCUUGGGAAUUGAUACCCAUAGUAUAUUUUCUUCUGCUUUGAAUUACUCUAGGUUGAUAGUUGCUGUUGAAAACUGUACAGUGGCGCAAACCCUAGGAGGGGAUAUACAAUGGGAAAAAUCUCUGCUUAUUCUUCACAUCAUAGAUGACUGCUUGUUUCUCACACUCCUCAAGCAGGUGAAUAGUUAUUUUCCAUUCCCAAUGGAUACAAUACUCCCUUAGUUAGCCAUGUGUAAACCCGUAAGAUGUACAAAUCAAUCCGCAAGUUGGCCAUUUGUUUUCAUGACCUACCAUGGUUCUAUUUGUCCAGUCCUUUAAAAUGUUGUUUUUUCGUUCUCUCUAGAUUGUCGUUUUAUUUGUGUUCCUGAUAUAUAUCAUGCUUCUCAAGAGUAUCGAUUGCUUCCAUGACAAAUACAUUUAAGUCUUUGUUUCAAACCGUUUUUGGACUGAAGUUUAAAAAUCCAAGUUGUUGGAAAAUCUAUUUAGAAUUUCGAAGUUUCUUUGAAUGCAUGUAAUGCAAAAAAUUAUUUACGUUAUGUAUUUUUUGCUUUUGCUACUGCUCUCUAAACUGCAAGAUAUUCUUUUUGAGUGGCUAUGGAGAGUUGAACCAUUCGAUUUAUGUCUCUUAUCCUAAUGUUGGAAUAUUGAAUAAUGCUAACUUAUUAUUUUCUAAAUUUCAGGAGAAACUAUGUGAUAAUAUGCAAAUGCCACCUCUAUUUCAGUUCUUGACUCUAUUGGCAUUUAAGAUUUUCAUAUCAGAGGAGGUAAAAUUAUAUUUUAUGUUGUCUGCUCUGAGUUGUCAUUUAAAAUAAGGAUGCUUGAAAAGGUUACGAGCCUUGUAUACUCAAUUUCAGGCUGAAGGGGGGUUUCUUUAUGUAAUAGGGCCGUUUCUAACUCUCAUAGAACCACUAAAAUCAUAACUGAUGCCAGUACCCCAGACUUUAGAGUCAUUUAUAGAUUUCUGAUCAUGGAGCCCAUAUAUGAGAAGCAGAGUCAAAUCAUACUGUGUGCAUUAUCUUCUCAUUCCAUGCCUUGACCGCCUUCUUCCUUUGCACACUGCAACCUCUAAAAUCCUCUCAGUGAAUUUUGAACGCCCAGCAUCUUACUGAUGCUUUCAAAGCACACUUGGUUAGUGCAAGACAUGAAAGAGUGGAAGGAUCUUGAAGUUUAUUCAUCAGAAAAAUUUAAGAGUACGAGUCUCAUUCUAAAAUGAAUCACAUAUUAUAAGAUCUGAGGUGGGUUCUUGUCCAUCAAGUAUGUUUUUAUUUUGUGGAUUUGGCUUUGUUGAAGAUCUACAAAUCAUGUUCCUACUCUGUUAAAAUAAGCAGUAAUAUUACCGAGUUCUUAACAGGGGAUCCUAGAUAACAAUGAUACUUUGUAAAUGGCCUUCAUUGGAGAGAGCGCUUGUGCAAGUGUUAUAAUUUCUGCAUUCUUAAUCCUGCUCAAUUAUUAAAAAGUGUCUACUAGUUUCCGACACAUUAAAUGAAUUUUAUUCUUGUAGGUUAGUGCUUGAUAAUGUGGUGAUGUUCUCAUAUAACCUAACCUUUAUUCUGCCUCCUGUGGCUGUUAACUUAUUUGAGAGUGCAUUUGGAUGAACUUCAGUUCAAUUUUGGAUGCCAAGAUGGAAGAUGGGCUAGUGAUGUCAGGAUGCAUCUGGUUGCUAGUGAUUCAGGCGCCUUAGUUUUUCUAUUUCAAUGGAUAUGUUAAAUUAAAUUUCUUGGUUCACACCUGCAUCUGGUUGCAAGUCAGUGAGUAAUCUAUGCUAUUUCCUUGCAUAAAAUUUACUUUGAGAAAGGUAGAAAAUUGCUAAAUUUAUUUUUAAACAUAUGUGUAAAGGAAAAAAAAUAUCUAUGUUGCGGGUACGUAUGUUUCAUAUGCGCACCAUGUUUUUCAGUUGGGUUUUAAUGUUGAAAGAUUUAUAUCUUGAAGGUUGAUGUUGCAAUUAUUGAAGUUGGUCUUGGAGGAAAGUGGGACUCUACAAAUGUGGUACUCACUUAUACUGAUAAAAAAUCUUGGUGAUCACAAAGAGUUUCUUUAGUACUGUCAGUAUGUAAAUAAACUCACAUUUGCCACAGUGAAAAGAGAGAAACAUGAAUUUAUAUUUGUUGGUUUCCUCGCUUUCAGGUCAAAGAACCUGUUGUUUGUGGUAUAACUUCACUUGGUAUGGAUCACAUGGAGAUACUAGGUACUGCAUUAUGUGAAAUACGUCUUUGCUGAUAUACUUUAGGUAUUCAUCAUAUGUCAGUAUGGCAUGCAUCUGUAACUCUGAGGAUGGCUUAUUACAAUUCCUUGCGUUUGUGUUCCUGAUUGUAUGUGUUAGAGCAUCCGGUCCUAAUAUUAAAUAAGAGGAAAAAAGGCAACUUGUAGACUUGUAUUGAUUUGUUAUCGCUUCUUGUUGGGUUAAGGAUGGAACAGAUGAAGCAACACGGAGCUGAAAAUGGUAUUCUAUUAUUAAUUUUCAGUUGGAAAAUAUGUGUAAUAACGGUUCUGAGUGUUAGUCAUGAUUGGCUUAGGAAAUUAUGAAUAAAUUAUUAUUGAUUAUUUUUUUAUCGUUGUUUAUUAUAUCACUUGAUGUAGAAUCUCUAUUUUGUAAAAUGAUUUGAAUCAAGUAAUGAAAUAUUUGCAUAGGAAAUACCCUUGGGAAAAUUGCUUCAGAAAAAGCUGGAAUUUUUAAGGUAAUAAUUACUCUCCUGAAUAGUUCAAAUUGGCAACAUUUGUCGUGUGAUGUUAUAAUAUAGCCUUGGGGUCUUCUUUUUUUUUUUUUUCUGAACUACGUUAAAAUGCUCUCUACUCACGAAGCCAAGAGUUCCUGCAUUUACUGUUCCUCAACUUUCAGAAGCGAUGAAUGUCCUCAAAAAAAGAGCAGAAGAAUUGAUGGUAACUUCUUCUUCCAUGUGAUAGCUUGUGAUAGAGUGUUCACGCCUUUUCACUCCAGGUCAAAGUAAUGCCUAGAUUGGUUGUUCUCUACUUCAUUGCAGAUUCCAUUGACGAUUGUCUCGCCACUUUAUUUAGAACAGCUGGAAGGAGGGCGGCUUGGUUUGGCAGGGGACCAUCAGCUUAUUAAUGCUGGUCUUGCUGUUUCAUUAUGCAGACACUGGCUCCAUAUCAAAGGACACCUGAAGGUCGCUUUUCAAUCUUAGACAAUUCUUUCUUCCUUUUGUUCCGACUCUUUUUAAAUUGUGUCAGAUGGGGGAGCCUUGCUUAAAAACCAAACACUUUUUCUCAAGCUGAUUUUCAAAUGGACUAGUUGAUCACCUCGUGAGUCUUUGCGGUUACUUCUUGACUUAUUUGCUUUAACGGAUUUUUUUUUUUUCACUUCACUCUUUAUUAUUCUUGCGUUCUCCCAACAAGGCACAUACCACUUUAAAUUUUUCCAUUAUUGUUUUCCAUUUUAUCAUUUUUUAUUUUCAUGAACUUUCUCAUGGACGUAACUUAUGCAUGGAUUUAUUCAACUGAAAGUUUUUAACAGUCCAAUUAGAAAACAUGUGGAAUUUUUGUCCUCAAUAUUCUAUAGCAAUGCUAACCUUAUCUUUAUUUUUUCUAUUUACUGUUUACUUCGGUGAUGGUAAAUAUUUACCUAUUGCAAUGAUUAUAGAGUUUCACGUGAUGAUAUUAAUUUCAAACAGGAAAAGCUAGAUACAGUCUUGCCUCAAGCAUUUCUCAGGGGUCUUUCUACUGCAAGUCUAGCUGGGAGGGCCCAGAUUGUGCAGGACAAACUGGGAAAUUCUUGCGAGCCUUCAGAAGGAGAAGAAAAGUCAUGCGGUGAUCUGAUUUUCUAUUUAGAUGGGGCUCAUACUUCUGAAAGCAUGGAAGUUUGCGUGGAUUGGUUUUCCAAUGCCGUAAUGGAUGGUUCUCAUGAUUACAAUGCUAGACAAAGUGGAGCGCUUGGUAAAAAUCAUGGCACUCAUUAUAAAGGAUCAAAAAAAAAUUCUAUACAGGUGCGAAAUUAGUGUUGUGUAGUGCGCUGGCAUUUCUUAGUUAUACUUGGGACUAAUGGAUGGUAGUGCGCUUGUUUAUGCAGAUUCUUUUGUUUAAUUGCAUGGAAGCGAGAGAUCCUGAGCUUUUGCUUCCAAAACUUACAAGUAUAUGCCCUUCUAUACUGAUUUUCUCGAAAUUCAGUCAUUUUUGUAUAUGUACUCUAUUAUGCUAGUUUUCGAGAUGAAAGCCUAUCUUCUAUCUGUAAUAUUGGUUUUGCAUUCAUUUCAUGUCACACCUUUUGAUUUGAGAUAUGAGGGCUAUUGUCCAAUUUGUCGUAAUUUGUGUAAAAAGUGUUGGUGUACACUUUGAAAUAUUUGGAUAUAAAUUUUUUUAAUAAAUUAUGCAAAAUAAGGGCUUAACAGGUAUCCUCCGAUUGUAUCCUUGAAUGCUUUGCUUCCUCUCCUUUUCUAAAGAUAGUAUUGGGUGGCCGAGGAGCACGAGUGUUCAGUGUGUGUUCACUUGGAAGUUUUGUCAUUCUUUGUUACUGUUUUUAUUCUUUCACCUAUCAAGAGUAGGAUAACCUGACGUUUACUUUUAAGAAAGUGUGUUCACUUGGCCUCUUGUACUCUGCCAGAUCGGUUACCAGUUUUGUGCCUUAUUUCGGUAUAAAAUAAGUACAUCUCAGCCUGUUUACUGAGUGUAUCUAUUUCCAGUUCCUGGCGGUAACUUAUUGCUGCUUAAUUAGCUGGAUGUUGUGUACCAUUUCGAUUUGUGUUCAACUGGUGUGGAGCUUUUUUCUUAGUAGGCAGUGUGGAUUUUUGGAAACAUUUGUAUGGAUCAUCUUAGGCCUCUGAUCUCAGUUCAGAAAUGUUAUAAUGUAGAAAUAUGUAUGUUUAUCGAAUAUCCUAUUUCUAUGGACCAUUAAUCACUUCCAUUUUUUUUAUAGCUAGAGCUUAAUGAACCCCCUGCGCUUUCUUAAGGACAACAUGGCCUUCUGGCUUCAAUUUUUUCUCUCAGGUUUGAGCUUUUCUAUGGCUCUGUUCGUCCCAAGCAUGUCACGCUAUCACUUGGUCACUUCUGUGUCAUCAGCAGUGCGAACAGAUCUUUCCGUGGAUACCUCAUGGCAAUCUUCUCUUCAAAGAACAUGGGAAAGGUUGAUCCAUGGAAAAGGUUAUACUUUUGUCAAAGAAAUUCACUUUAAUUUUAGUAUGUCAGAUACAAAGAAAUGUUAUUUUUCUUAAGAUGCUAAGAUGGAAAUUCCAGGAGUUUUGUCGGAAAAUUAUUUUUACUCUAUGCUAUUUAUUAUUUUCCUUAUGGCUCGGUGCGCCAUGAUAUUCGAAGGUCCUAUAAAGGACAAGAAGCACUCCUCUGACGUUUGGUUUUAUAUUAUGAUGUUUCAGAUGGCAUCCUUGUGAAUGAGAGUAAUCCAGAACAUUCAACGAAGUUACCAGCUUACCAAUUUCUGCAUGGUGAUUCGUCUAAGAUCAAUCCUACGGGUAAACAGCUUCAUGGCAAUGCAGUUGUUAUGCCAUCAUUGCCGAUUGCUUUAGACUGGCUAAGGGACUGUGCUAAAGAAAACCCAAAUGUCCGUCUUCAGGUGAGAACAUUGAUGACAAUGAUCAAUUUUUUCUAUCCAAUCAAUUGUGUGCGUGAUUUCUAAGAACUAGAAGUUUGACGUGCAGCCCACUGAUAUUAUAGUAUUCAUGUCAAUCAAUUCUGAUGAAACAAUGUAUUUCAUAGAAUAUUGAAAUUUGCUAAUGUAGGGCAUUGUGAAGCUCAAAAUCUUAAUAAAUUAGAUGUACUAGCCUAAGAAAUAAUAAGUAAUACGACUGUUUAAUCGGUAUAACAAUCACGACAGUAAAGAACUAGCCUUUUUUUACGCGUUCUAUUUUUUAUUGUUACAUUCGAGCUAACCGGCCCUGAUUGUUAUCGUAUCUAUGUAGUAUUUUGGUCAUUUCAUCAAGGUUUUAGUGGGGUCAAUGAGAUUCGCGUGCCUCCCAAGUUCGGUGUCCUUUGUUUUAUCAUCAGUGCAACUCUUGUUUUAUUCUGGGUACUUCAAUGCUCUUUGAUUGAGGUUUGUUGUUUCUUUCGUAUUUUUCAAAACUAUCUCUUGCAAAUGGCCCUAGCCACCUAGAGGAUAUGAGGAUUGUGUGAAAAGGCAAUUUUAGGAGAGAUUCAACACACUUUGCUAUAGUAGAAAAAAUAACUAAGAUAAUGGUAUUGGAGUGGAAAAGCAUGAUUUGGCUAGUGACAACUAACAUCUGGGAAGAAAAGCAAGUGGAAGCUCGAACUUCUUAAAUUCGACAGCCUACAUGCAUGAUUUCAGAGAUUGUCUGCUGAUGAUUGCGAUAUUCUUUCAAGUACAAGGAUUCUCAAGAAAAAAAGGAAGGCGAAUUAGUGGCUUACAGGUUAAACGGCAGUCGUCUGAGUUCUAUCAGGUGGGUAAAAGCAUGGGCCAGGUUAUGAGAAUCUAAGAUGGGAACAGCUUAAGAAGAAACCAACUUGGGUGGGUCAUGCGCUUGUUAGCCCAUUACAACAAAUGAUUCUUAUAUGGGUUUGACUCCACCUUAAUAAUAACAAUUAGCUACUAUUCUAGAAAUACCAAAAUCAUAGAAUCUUGGGUAGGCUUGUACGGUCAAAUUCAGUAUGAAGCUCUCUUAAUGGAUAAGGUUUCUGAGUAUUUGACAUUGAUUUUUACCAAGAAACUUUUCAGUGUUAGCUACUAUAUUUGACAUUGAUCUUAGGCUCUUCAUGGACGGUGGACUCGGCAAUACUUUUAUUGGAUGGAAAUUUAUUAGAUUUCUUUUGUGUGAUGUCAGAAAAUGUAGAUGAAAAUGGGGCAAAGUCACGAGAUGACCAGAUGGUCAACCACACAAGUCAUUGUAUCUAGCUUGGGUAUAACUUCUCGAUAUGCAGGACAACCGCAAACGGGUUUGUGCAUUGGAUUAGUGAUGAACUUGAAUAUGAGCUCAUGACAUGUGGUUUGACUCAUAUGAAAGAAAUCAGAAAGGGAAACUGUGCAGCUGACGGAACCAUGAUACGAUUCUGUACAAAUGACAUAAUAAUAUCAUUUAUGUUGACUUUUCUCCAUUUAUUUCUGAUCUAGAAACAAUUAGAGGUUCCUGAUCUAGAACAUGUAUUUCACGUCUCCUUUGUUUUGGGAUCUGCAGGUUCUUGUGACUGGGUCUCUGCAUUUAGUUGGUGAUCUCCUAAAGCUUCUGCGAAGAUAA